UAGUGCGAAGUUUUGUAGUGAAUUUCGUGCUGUGUUUAUUAUAAAGGGGAAUACGUCGUGGUAUAGCUAAGUGAAUACUACUGCGUCAAAGAUAUAAAAUUCGAUUAAAGAUGUCUUCGAUAGAUCGUUUUUAGAUAAGACUGCUUAUUGAUUAAUUUAGCCUGGUAGGAACCGACCGACCGCAUGCUUCGUAAAAUAGAGUACAGCAGGCCAAAUGACGGAGUAAAGGAAGUGGAAGACUAUUUCAUAUUUAUAGAGGAGAAAUCUCGCUUUGCGAGCCUUCAUCCGUUAAAAAAUGUCAGGUGAUGUACAACCGAGGAAACGGAAGGACAAAAGGCGGAAAAAAGAUGUAAGUAAUGUACCAGCGGACUAUAGAGCUGAAAAGACAAGAGUUGUUCUAGAGGAUAUACCUAUAGGCGAAGAUGUCGGAAGCAGCAGUUACUCAUCCGACGAGACCAUCCACAUUUACAAGGACAGGGGCACAGGCGGGAACAUCUGCGCUAAGAUUGUAUUCUUUCUGCUGCUUGGUGCACUGGCUGUAAUGGUUGGCCUCAUCGUGACAGAAUAUCGAGGUUCCAGCGAUGUAGACACGCCGGUAGCAGAGUCGAGAUGGGCGCAGGUGUUCGACGGCUGGGUUGAUGAGAGUCCCCCAAAACAUGAGGAACAUGAUGAACCUGUGGAGGAGAGCGGAGAACACGAUGAAGAGCAUUCGGAAGAAACUGAAGAACCUGGGAAUGGCGGACAGGAUGGACUUGAGGAAGUGGGGAGCCAGGAGGAACAGUCUCAAGAGGAGGAGGAGGAGAUAGAGAGUGAAGAGGCACAGUCUCCAGAGGAAGAGGAGGAAGAAGAAGAAGAGAGUGAAGAGGGGCAAGAAGAGGAAGAAGAAGAGAGACAAGAAGACAAGGAGGAGUUGGAAGAAGAGGAAGAGGAGGAGGAGGAGGAGGAAGAAGAAGAAAGCAGUGAAGAGAUACUGGAAGGCAUCCCCGGAGUGACAGAGAGCGAUGAAGACGAUCAGGAUGAAGAAGAGGAAGAUGAGAGUGCUGGGGCUCAGGGAGGUGAUGAUUUCAGUGAAGAGGCAAAACCGGAAGAAGGAGGAGAAGAAGAGGCCAGAAGAAAGUCAACAGUAGCGCCAGUGACAGAAACAUCACCCAAGUUGCCUGUGCAUGCUCCUAGUCAGGCAGGAGAAACUUUGAACAAGAAGUCGCAGGGAUUCCAACAGAGUGAAGACAGACCUGUGACUGUAGUAUCUAAAGGCAGAAAAGAAGCCCCAGAUAAAGAAAUAACACGCGAGGAGAUUAAACGAGAGUCUGUGAAUCAGUUAGAAGACGAAUCAUCAGCUCACCCACAGGCUGCACAGUUAGAUGUGGCAAAUAAAGUGUCUGAUAAGAGUGUCAGAGGUGCCAGUGUUAUACAGGACAUCUCAACCUCGUAUGAUAGAGAUGAAAAGGUAGUUAUUCCCCAGAGAAGCUCAGGAGCUACUUCCAGUAAGUCCUCUACCACGACAGAAGAACCAGCUGUCCAACAUGCACCAACAGUAGAGCCAACUGUUCAGCAUAUUCCAUCAGAGAAACCAACUGUUCAGCACAACCAAACAGAACAGUCAAGUAUGUUGCACACCUCAGCAGAAAAGCCAACUGUUCAAUACAUUCCAACAGAAAAACCAGCUGUUCAGCACAUUCCAGGCGACCAACCAUCAUCUGAACACGUUCCUACAGAAAAACAUAGUGUCCGAAACACCCUUCCAGCAGAACAGCCAACUGUUCAGUACAUUCCGGCAGAAGAACCUGGUCUUGCACACUCCUCAGCAGAAAAUCCAAGUUCUCAAGGACCUCCCCUUGCAGUGUUACACCCAAAAAUGACCUUACAAAGUGCCCACGUCAGUGAUUUAAGAGAAGAUAAAUUGGAACUCACCAUUCCUGAGAAAGUUGCUGACAUACUAUCACAUUCAGAACAUUCUGAAAGUGUAGAUGUGAAACCAGCGUCGAGUCAGACUUCAAGCAAGGUACGAGAAGAUGUCACAAAUCAUGACACUAAACAACAACAGAAGGAAGUUGAGGGGUCUCAGAAGGCACACACCACUUCACGAGAACCAGAUUCAACCAUCCAGUCUGCAGGUAAAAUUCCAAAAGAGGCAUCAGUGGCUGCUGAUAAAAGCGCAUCCAGAAUAUCAGAAACCAGGAAGAAUGAUUCGAGGACUUCCGCAGCCAAGCAUAAAAAGGAGGAAGCUGAUGACAGUGGUGAAAGUGAUGGUGAUAAAGAUGAUGAUGAAUCUGUAGAAGAGGCAGUAGGAGAAGAGGUGGGAAGGGAAGACGCAGAAGAUGAUAAAGAAAGUGGUCAUGAUGAUGACAGUGCUGGUGUUGGCGAUGAUGACGACGAAGAUGAACCAUCUGGUGUGGCGCUAAAGUUUGGUGUUGGUGUGGCGCUAGUUCUAGUAGCGCACGUGGUUCUGGUUAGGAAGUGGAAUGCGGAUGAUGGCACGACAGUGCAGCCAGCUAUCUCGACACAGGCAAGCGACACCGAGCAUGGUGUGGAGGAGAUCACACCAGAACUGAUUGAGAGACGACAGACACUGAUACCGCAAGAUGAUCUAGAAGGCUCUGAAUAUUCUGAAGAGGAGGAGGGUGAGGAAGAAGAAGACUAUGAUGACGAAGAAGAAGAAGAAAAGCCACAGAAAAGAGAAACGUACGAAGACUAUGUGACAAAGUAUAGACCACAGGAAGUGAAGAGAGCUUUACCUGCAGAGAGUGAUGAAGAGGAGGAUGAGGAGGAGGAAGAAAGUGAGGAAGAUGAAGAGGCAGCAAGAAUUAUUGGUAGAACACUACAAAAAUCUGCACGUGCUACUCAUAUUACUCCAGAAGAGUCUGGAACUGAAGAGGAAGGUUCAGAGGAAGAGGAAGUUGUGCCAGUCAGAAGAGCUACAAAGAGCUCUGGCGAACAGGGUUAUGUAAGAGCCGACAUCAGCAGUAAGGACGACUUAAAAAUCCGUGAAGAUUUGGACCUAGCUGAUGCGCAGCUGGAAGAGACCCCUGAGGAAGCCCUGAAUACAUUCAUGACCAUCCUGAGGACAAACCCCGCUUCGCCACGAGCUCGUUAUGGAAAAGCACAAGCGCUGGACCGGGUAGCGGAGAAGAGACACAGCAAUUCACUGCUUCAGGAGGCAAUAGAUGCGUAUGAGCACGUGCUAGCACUGGGGGCAUCGGUUCCUGAUAAGCUGUUUGUUCAGGCUGCCGAGAGGUGUAUCAACAGGAUGAGGUUCAAAGGUCAGUAUCACACAGCCGUACACAUCCACAAGAAACUAAUCCAGCGAUUUAGUGAUGACCCAGCUCAUGCAAACCAGUUGGCUGUUACGUACCUGAUGAUUAACAGACUGACAGAUGCAAAGCGCAUUUUGGAGGACACUCUGAGACGCUGGCCAAACAAUGGAUUUGCCCAGGUUCACUACGGUUUUAUCCUCAAGACUGGCGAUAACAACAACAAUGCUGCAGUGGAUUACUUGACACGGGGCAUUGCCACACGGGAGCCAGGCACCAUUGAUGGGCGUUUCUUCUUUCAUCUGGGAGAUGCCCUCACCAGGCUUGGCCGUCACGAUGAGGCCAGUAAGGUUUAUGAACUUGGAGUGAGGGAGGGUCUGUUUUUAUCAAAGUAUCAACGCUCGUUGUACAACGUUGAUAGACUUCGAGCACAACCUUGGUGGACACCUGAAGAGACAAGUUACUCUAAAUAUUUCAAGAAACUGCAAGAUAACUGGCAAAAAAUUAGAGAAGAAGGAGUGGCAGUUUUGGCUCACAAGAUGUUCAGAGAUGAGGCAGAGAACCUCAGAGACGUUGGAAAUUGGCAGCAGUUUGAGCUGUAUGCUCGAGGUCGCAGAAUUGCCACCAACUGUGGCAAGGCUCCCUUCACUUGUCAGCUGAUAAGCGAGUUCCCUGCAGCUCGUGACUGUCGCCGUGGGCAGGCCAAGUUCAGCGUGAUGCAUACUGGUACCCAUGUUUGGCCACACUGUGGCCCCACAAAUUGUCGCUUACGGUCACAUCUUGGUCUCGUAGUACCUCAGGGCACAUAUAUUCGAGUGGCUGAAGAGACAAGGACCUGGGAAGAGGGAAAGCUGUUUAUAUUUGAUGACAGUUUUGAGCAUGAGGUGUGGCACAAUGGGACGACAGUGAGGCUCGUGCUCAUAGUCGAUGUGUGGCAUCCAGAACUGACAGAAGAAGAGAAGAAAUCAAUGCCUGCCAUCUGACAUGUUCAUGAUAUGGGAAAGUUAAUUCAGUCAACUAACAACGCAGUCUUCCUUGUACCUGUGUAUCGUGGAUUUUUGUACUGUACAGUUCAUUGAUUCCCAAACUGUAUUUUGCAGGUCCUCUGAUGAAAGGCUCCAUAGUUUUCUGUAUUUUGUAGUUGGUUUUCUUUUGUGAUUCCAAAACUAAAAACAGAUUUUGUCCCCAGCUAAAGCUUCAAGCCGAAUGCUUAAUUCAGAGGAUCCUGCGGAUAGAAAUGUUUGAGAAACACUGCUGUAAAUGUAUGUACAGCUCAUGUACUGCCAUUUAUGUGCAAGGAAUGUUUAUAUACUAAUAAAACAUGUACAGAUAAGAGUCCAGCUGUAAAAGUGCCUUUUGGUGAUAUUUUUUGUAUGUUUUAUGAAGAAUCUGAUUGGUCUACUGUGAUAUGAAAUAAAUUGCAUUAAAUUAUUGGUAUUAAA